AUGGACACUCUUUCCACCACACACCACGACCCACUUUCCACCCCUCCCUCUCUUCCUCCUCCCCCCCAGGGUCGUCUGAGGGAUGCAGAGCGGUACCUGCAGCGGGCUAUAGAGGAGGCGAAGGCGGGCUUUGGGCCGUCUGACCCCCACGUUGCAUCCAGCUGCAAUAACCUGGCAGAGCUAUACCGAGUAAUGGGGGAGUGGGAGGCGGCAGAGCGUUUGUUCCAAGAGGCUGCAGAGCGGUUGAGAGCGGUGGAAAUGCGUCUGCCACUAGCAGCCACCCUGCAUAACUUGGGAGGGCUGUACCUGCAGCAGGCUCAGCUGGGGCAGGCUCAACUGGGGCCGGCUCAACUGGAGAAGGCUCGUAUAUGCUAUGAGGAGGCUCUCAAGCUCAAAGCGAAGGAGCUGGGCGACUCUCACCCAGAUUAUGCCAACACCAUGUUCCACCUUGCAGAG